AUGGAUAAAUAUAUAUCAACACAGAUAUUGACAUCGAUAGUUGACUGUCUUCAAGAUGAUAUCGACUUGGUCUGCUUCGCGUUGACUUGUAGACGCCACUUUAAACUCUUUGGAAACAAGUUGAACACUUACAUCAACAAUGAUGGCGAUCAUGAUCGCCUAGAGACCUAUGCUCAUUCAAUCAUGUCACACUUCAACUCAGUGUCCGCACCCAAAGAACCAGCAUACACAUCAAAGCUCAAGGUUAGCAAUCACUUUAACGAGCAAUUUCAAUCGGGUGCGCUGCCUCAAUCACUGUUCAAGCUAAGCCUGGGCUUCCACUACAAUCAACCUUUGAAAUCGUGUGAGCUACCGCAGUCUCUGGUCGUCUUGGUGCUGGGCGGCAACUUCAAUCAGCCCAUCGAGAGAGGCUCCUUGCCAAACUCACUCCAAUGUCUUACCUUUGGCUACCACUUCAACGAACCUCUUUUGCCACAAGCACUACCACCGUCUCUCACUACGAUCACAUUCGGCUACACAUUCGAUCAGCCUUUGACCACAGAUAACCUGCCACCAUACCUCCUCGCACUCACCUUUGGCCACUCCUACUCCCAUCCUAUCCUACCUUGCUCCUUACCCGAAUCGCUUACAUACCUUAGAUUUGGCACAUUAUACAAUCAACAUUUACUACCUUAUUCUCUCCCACGAUCAUUGAGAAUGAUCAAGUUUGGACCAGACUUCAAUCAGUCUCUAUCCGAACAAGAUGUCUUGCCACCCAACCUGACCAAGUUGUCAUUGGCAUAUGACUUUAAUCAACCAUUAUCCACUGGUGUACUACCAGAUUCACUUAUACUUCUCGUCCUGGGACAUAGAUUCAAUUGCGAACCAAGCAAACUGGUCAUUCCAAUCAAUCUUCAGUCUUUGGAGAUGGGCUCAAUGUAUCAACUAUCCAAAUACCAUCACUGUUUGGUCAACUCCUCAGUUAAGAUUGUAUAUAUCAACAGUUAUAUCGGUCCACAGGACAUCAUCAAUCAUCCAACAUCAUCAACAGUUGGCUCUAACUUCCAACUUUCACUCAAGAUCAAUCUCGAUUCUUGUACAUUGGAACAAUACAUCUCGUUGUUAUCCAAGCACAAUCCAUCAAUUCAUUCGUAUCAAUUGCUAAUGUGGAAUGGAACAUUUCCCAGAUCAAUCAAUGCCGAACAUCAGUAUCAGAUACAACUUCUAGAGUCAAUGGGUCAGAGCUCAAGACAGUCAUCUUCCUCCUCAGCCAACCGUACUGCCAUAUGUAUUGGAAGGAAGUUUGUUGGAAAAAUGGCCACCAUCAAGUAUUCAUUCAUCAGUCUUCCUUCUGAAACAAAAAAGUCAUUGUUAGGUGGAAAGUACUUGAUCAUCCAUCUCCUGGCUGUCUCAUUAUUAGUUGCAUUCGGAUCACUUCUGUUGGAU